GCGGCCUCCCUCCCGGCCGCCAGGCUGGACGAGCGACGCAAGCCCGACCCCAGGAGGAUGGAGGAUGAAGCUGUCCUGGACAGAGGGGCUUCCUUCCUCAAGCACGUAUGUGAUGAGGAAGAAGUGGAAGGCCACCACACCAUCUACAUCGGUGUCCAUGUGCCCAAGAGCUACCGGAGGAGGCGGCGUCACAAGAGGAGGACGGGGCACAAGGAGAGGAGGGAGAAGGAGCGAGUCUCUGAGAACUACUCGGACAAAUCUGACGUGGAGAACGCCGACGAGUGUGGCAGCAGCAUCCUCAAACCUCUCAUCUCCCCUGCUGCAGAACGCAUCCGCUUCAUCUUGGGAGAGGAAGAUGACAGCCCGGCACCCCCUCAGCUCUUCACUGAACUGGAUGAGCUGCUGUCUGUGGAUGGGCAGGAGAUGGAGUGGAAAGAGACAGCAAGGUGGAUUAAGUUUGAAGAAAAAGUGGAACAGGGUGGAGAAAGAUGGAGCAAACCCCAUGUGGCCACGUUGUCUCUACACAGUUUGUUUGAGCUGAGGACAUGUAUGGAAAAGGGAUCUAUCAUGCUUGACCAGGAGGCAUCUUCUCUCCCACAGUUGGUGGAGAUGAUUACUGACCACCAGAUUGAGACAGGCCUACUGAAACCAGACCUUAAGGAUAAAGUGACCUACACUUUGCUCCGGAAGCACCGGCAUCAAACCAAGAAAUCCAACCUUCGGUCCCUGGCUGACAUUGGGAAGACGGUUUCCAGUGCAAGUAGGAUGUUUACCAGCCCUGAUAAUGGUAGCCCAGCCAUGACCCAUCGGAAUCUGACAUCCUCCAGUCUGAAUGACAUUUCUGAUAAACCAGAGAAGGACCAGCUAAAGAAUAAGUUUAUGAAAAAACUGCCGCGUGAUGCAGAAGCCUCCAACGUGCUGGUUGGGGAGGUGGGCUUCUUGGAGACCCCCUUCAUCGCCUUCGUUCGGCUGCAGCAGGCUGUGAUGCUGGGUGCUCUGACCGAGGUCCCUGUGCCCACGAGGUUCUUGUUCAUUCUGUUAGGUCCGAAGGGGAAAGCCAAAUCCUACCAUGAGAUCGGCAGAGCCAUUGCCACGCUGAUGUCUGAUGAGGUAUUCCACGAUAUUGCUUAUAAAGCAAAAGACAGGCAUGACCUGAUUGCUGGCAUCGAUGAGUUCCUGGAUGAAGUCAUUGUCCUUCCACCUGGGGAAUGGGAUCCGGCCAUCAGGAUAGAGCCUCCGAAGAGUCUUCCAUCAUCUGACAAGAGGAAGAACAUGUACUCAGGCGGAGAGAAUGUCCAGAUGAAUGGAGACACGCCCCGUGAUGGAGGGCCUGGAGGAGGCGGGCACGGGGACUGUGAGGAGCUGCAGCGAACUGGCCGGUUCUGUGGUGGAUUAAUUAAGGACAUAAAGAGGAAAGCACCAUUUUUUGCCAGCGAUUUUUAUGAUGCCUUAAACAUUCAGGCUCUCUCUGCAAUUCUCUUCAUUUACCUGGCAACAGUGACAAACGCUAUCACUUUUGGAGGACUGCUCGGGGAUGCCACGGACAACAUGCAGGGCGUUCUGGAGAGUUUCCUGGGCACUGCUAUCUCCGGAGCCAUCUUCUGCCUCUUUGCUGGUCAGCCACUCACUAUUUUGAGCAGCACGGGCCCCGUCCUAGUCUUUGAGAGGCUUCUGUUUAACUUCAGCAAGGACCAUAGUUUUGACUACCUGGAGUUCCGCCUGUGGAUCGGCCUGUGGUCAGCCUUCCUGUGUCUCGCGCUGGUGGCCACGGACGCCAGCUUCCUGGUGCAGUACUUUACCCGUUUCACGGAGGAGGGCUUCUCUUCUCUGAUCAGCUUCAUCUUUAUCUAUGACGCGUUCAAGAAGAUGAUCAAGCUGGCCGAUUAUUACCCCAUCAACUCUGACUUCAGAGUGGGCUACAACACCCACUUCUCCUGUGCCUGUGUGCCGCCCUACCCAGUUAAUAUCUCAUUACUUAAUGCAACAACACGAGGUCCAGAGGAUCUGCCAACUGCUCCUACUACUGAGAUGUACCAUAAUGAAACUUUUGACUGGGCAUAUUUGUCGAAAAAGGAGUGUUUGAAAUAUGGAGGAAAGCUCGUGGGGAACAAUUGUGACUUUGUUCCUGAUAUCACACUCAUGUCGUUCAUCCUCUUCUUGGGCACUUACACCUCUUCCAUGGCUCUGAAGAAAUUCAAAACUAGUCGAUAUUUUCCAACCACAGCAAGAAAACUGAUCAGUGAUUUUGCUAUUAUCUUGUCUAUUCUCAUAUUUUGUGGAAUAGAUGCCCUGGUAGGUGUGGACACUCCAAAACUAAUUGUGCCAAGUGAGUUCAAGCCGACAAGUCCUCAUCGAGGCUGGUUCAUUCCCCCGUUUGGAGCAAACCCCUGGUGGGUGUACCUGGCUGCCGCCAUCCCUGCGUUGUUGGUCACCAUUCUGAUCUUCAUGGACCAGCAGAUCACAGCUGUGAUCGUGAACAGAAAAGAGCACAAGCUCAAGAAAGGAGCUGGGUACCACCUGGACCUGUUCUGGGUGGCGAUGCUGAUGGUCGUGUGCUCCUUCAUGGCGCUUCCCUGGUACGUGGCGGCCACUGUCAUCUCCAUCGCGCACAUCGACAGUCUGAAGAUGGAGACAGAGACUUCUGCACCCGGAGAACAGCCAAAGUUUCUAGGAGUGAGGGAACAAAGAGUCACCGGAACCCUUGUGUUUAUCCUGACCGGUCUGUCCGUCUUUAUGGCUCCCAUCUUGAAGUUCAUCCCCAUGCCCGUGCUGUAUGGUGUGUUCCUGUAUAUGGGGGUGGCCUCACUUAAAGGCGUGCAGUUCAUGGAUCGUCUCAAGCUGCUCCUGAUGCCCCUGAAACACCAGCCUGACUUCAUCUACCUGCGGCACGUCCCCUUGCGCCGCGUGCACCUCUUCACGUUCCUGCAGGCGCUGUGCCUGGCUCUGCUCUGGACCCUGAAGUCAACAGUAGCAGCUAUUAUUUUCCCAGUCAUGAUCUUGGCACUUGUAGCUGUCAGAAAAGGUAUGGACUACCUCUUCUCCCAGCAUGACCUCAGCUUCCUUGAUGAUGUCAUCCCAGAAAAGGACAAGAAAAAGAAGGAGGAUGAAAAGAAAAAGAAAAAGAAGAAAGGAAGUUUGGAUAGUGACAAUGAUGAUUCUGACUGCCCAUACUCAGAAAAAGUUCCCAGUAUUAAAAUUCCAAUGGACAUCAUGGAACAGCAGCCUUUCCUAAGCGAUAGCAAACCUUCCGACAGAGAAAGGUCAUCAACAUUCCUUGAACGCCACACAUCAUGCUGAUAAAAUUCCUUUCCUUCAGUCACUUGGUAUACCCAGUCCUCCCAGAACUCCAGUAAAAGCUGUGCCUCAAAUUAGAAUAGAACUUGAGCCUGAAGACCGUGAUUAUUUCUGGAGGAGCAAGGGAACAGAAACUACAUUGUAACCUGUUUGUCUUUCUUAAAGCUGACAGUUGUGUUGUUAAAUGUCCUAAUUUGUUUUCUUCUUUUUGUCAGUCUGUGUGUUUUAAAGUUUUUCUUUGGUUUCGGUUUUUGGUCACUGGCCAAAUAACACAGCGCUCUCUCUGCUUGUGUCUUGCGUCGGUAAAAGCCAGACAGGAGUUGCAUCUUUUCCUUCCGAGCAGCGUCGGAGGACCUUGCCUUUCGUCCUCCUGUGCUCCGGUAUGUCCUCUGACGUGUAAAUUUCCCCGUCACUCAAGACAUGCACAGAUUUCUCCCUGCCCCAUUUUCAGCAGAGGUCAAAAGUGUUAAGGACUUUUAUACCACCUUUUAUUAAAACAUUGAAGGAACUUAAGAUGUCAGCUGUGCUUACUGGGCCUGUCUUUGUCUGGGAGAAGCACUCCUGACCUCAGACACAGUCCCUUCUCGCUUACUGAGCUGCCAGGAUGGAGAACACGCUGCCCGCUGCCUGCUCUGCUCUCGCCUGCUCUAGCUUGCCCGCCCUAACCUUAGACUUAACAGAAGAAAACCGACAGGUACUUUACUCCCUUUAGAGAAACCUUAUAGAGAAACCAUUACCACCAUUGUAGCAAGUGCUAGAAUGUCCCUUUUUCCUAUGCAACUUUUUUUAACCCUUUAAUGAACGUAUCCGUUGAGUACAUCGAAGAAUAUUUUCUUCCUAGAUUUUGUUGUUUAAAUUAUGGGGCCUAACCUGCAACUUAUUUUUGUCAAUUUUUUAAACUUUUUUUUAAUUACUGUAAAGAAAAUGAAUUUUUUCCUGCAGCAGGAAACCUAGUUUUGAGUAGUUCUACCUCUUAUUUGUAGCUGCCAAGCUUUCUGUAAAAAUUGUAUUGUAUAUAAUGUGAUUUUUACACACACACACACACACACACACACACAAUCUCUAGGGUAAGCCAGAAGGCAGGAUCAAAUUAACAACAAAUCACCAUGUUUCUAAGAAUUUGUGUUUUUUCCCUUUCUUUAAAAGAAACUUCACUGUUCUAUGAAGGAGCUCCAGGGAGAAGAGAGAAACCGUUAUAUACCAGGGGUAACUUAUGCUUUGGUAAUAGUUGAGCCCAGACAGAUGCUGGUCGUGUUACCAUGUCAACAUCCUAUGCAGUAUUGUUAGGCAUUUUUUUCUUUGGAAAUAUUUGUGUGUUUGUGUGUGGACUCUGUGUGUAGCUGGUGUGCACGUGUGCAACUUACAGAAUGACAGUAGACAAAGGCCAAGUCGUCAAGGCCCAUGUGUCCAUUUUCAUAAAACCCACACCACUUUUGAAAAAAAAAAUCCAUCAAGGGAUCCAAGAAAUUUACUGUUAUACAAAUGAGGGCAAAUCAGUGUUGUGACUCAGAUGUCACACAGCAUCAAUGCAGUG